AUGGCGGAGCAAACGAGGAUAGCCAUUGUUGGCGCGGGUAUGGGCGGCCUUGCCGCGGCUCUCGCCCUUGCAAAAGCCGGCCAUAAGAACAUCACGAUAUAUGAAAAUGCCCCAGUCAUGGGCUUCGUAGGCGCAGGAAUUCAACUAGCACCCAACAUGGCCCGCAUCCUUGACCGGUUAGGCUGCUGGGGCCCAAUCCGCGACGAAGCCGUCGUAUGCGCAAACACAUCCAUUAGGGAAGGUUCAACAGACAAGGAGCUGGGAUUUGUAGAUCUAGGAUACGUCAAGGAAAAGUACGGAUACCCACACAUGGUUGGCCACCGAGCCAGUCUUGCAAACGGUCUAUUCGAAGGUUGCAAGAAGGAGAGUGGCAUCACAUUCAAGCUGGGCUGCACAUUGUCCGAUUUUCGCUUCGGCCCCAAGCCCAAAUUCACAGUUACUCCAUCUCAAGGCAAUCUCGAGCCCUACCAGGUCGAAUGCGACAUUCUCCUCGGCGCCGACGGAGUCAAGAGCAACACUCGAGUCGCCAUGCUCAAGGAACUCGGACACACAGGCUCUGCCCGCGACUCUGGCCAAGCCGCCUACCGCAUCAUGCUGAACCGCUCGCAAAUGGAGCACGACCCGGAGCUACUCAAGCUCAUCGAUUCAGACACAGUGACACGCUGGAUUGGCGAGAAGAAACACAUCAUCGCAUACCCGAUCCACAACAAGCAAAUCUACAACAUCUCGACCGCGCAGCCAGACACAAACUUUGCCGGCGCCCCAGACGCACAGUACACGACAAGGGGCAGCAAGAAAGCCAUGCUGGGCGUCUACGGCGACUUUUGCCCCAUGAUCCACCGCAUGCUGAACUUGGUGCCCGAAGGCGAGGUCGUCGAGUGGAAGCUCAGAGUCCACGACCCGUUGACAACGUGGGUCCACGGCCCAACUGCCCUGGUAGGCGAUGCAUGCCACCCGACGCUCCCGCACAUGGCCCAGGGUGCCGCGCAAGCCAUUGAAGACGGUGCCGUCCUCGGUGUCGUCCUAUCGCCCAAGCGCAUCGCAGACGGCAAGCCCGAAACCAUUGAGCGCGCACUGCGCUUGUACGAGAAGCUGCGGAAGCCGAGGGCUGAGGCGCUGGUGGAACUCGCGGCCGAGAGCGGGCGCCAGAUGCAUCUGGGUGCGGGCAAGGCCAAGGAGGAGCGCGACAAGGCGUUUGCGGCUCUCAAGGAGGGCAAGGGCAAGGUCCCGGAUCGCUGGGCCGACGCUGAUGUGCAGGCGAAUGUGUAUGGAGUCGAUGUUGUGGCGCAGGCGGAGGAGCUGUGUGACAAGGAAGGAUUCGGACCAAAACUGUGA